AACAGUCGAUGGGGAAAAAUAAAAGGCCCCUCUGGAGCCCUUGGCAUGAGUUGUUACCCGGUCUCCGAUUUCCUCAGCUUCCUCUUGGCCGCCUCCUCCUCCUCUAUCAUCAUCCUCUCUUCCUCUUCUUCUGCUAUCUCUCCGCUUUCACCUGUCUCAACUUCUUGCUCGACCGCUCUCCUUCAUAACUACGUGGUUAUCUUUUUGGGUCACUGCAGUUGCCCUAAUCCUUGAAAGGGGCCGUACGGAUCAUGAAAUGAUGACUUUAGCGGCCCAUCAAAGCUUCCGAAUGUCUCUCUAUGGCCAGUUCGGCUCCCUGAUAACUUCUUCAUGGACGAAGAGCAGAUGUAAGAUGUUGGGUUCAUUUAUAAUGGUUCCGAGGAAAGACGCCAAGAUCAUAAAAGCAGUAGCAUUUUCAUCAAUAAGUACAUGCAAAGGGAAAGAAAACAAUCCAAUCGUAAGAGGAACUUCCAGAGCGAUAGAAGAUGAUGGUAGCUUUUAUGAAACCGUUCAUUUUGAUGAAGAUGACAAUAGCAUGGAGUGUGCUUUGGAUAACAAUUUUGAAGUAUCCCUUGUUGAGGCUCAAGAUUCUUCUGUGAUGACCAACAGUGAGACUGUAAUGGAGAGGCCCAUUAAGCAAGAAGCUGAGCAAAUGGCAAUUGAAUUACUUGCUGCAAGAGCAUUUACGACACUUGAGCUGCGAAAGAAAUUACGAGGCAAGAGGUAUCCUAAAGAUGUAGUUGCUGCAGUGAUAUCCAGUGCAAAAGAAAGGGGUUUAUUAAAUGAUGGUCUCUAUGCGGAAUCCUUCUCUCGUUCUCGCUGGCUGUCAUCAACUUGGGGCCCAAAGCGUAUCAAAUGGGUGCUUGUUCAGAAAGGAGUGAGUGAAAUGGAAGUAGACACAGCAACAAGACAGGUAUUCCAGGAGGAUGACUCUGGUGACAAAUCUAGAAGCACACAACACGGAAUCUCUGAGCCUGCAUUCAAACGCCUCUAUGUUAAGGCCACCAAGCAGUGGCUCCAAGGUCAAAGCUCAUCUCUUGAAAACCGAAAGGCAAGGAUCGUGAGAUGGCUGCAGUAUCGUGGAUUCAGCUGGGGAGUGACUAACAUCAUUCUGAGGAAGCUUUUAUCUGAGUAUCCUCUAUGAGUGUGCACUUGGUAGAACUAAUUCAGUAGUUUUUGCUCAGAUUAGUUUCUAUUGCUGCAUUUUUACUUGCUGAUGGUGUGCAUGAUCCAGAUGAGCAAAUGUUUUUUUUAAAAAAAAUUGUUUUUAGCAAUAUAAAUUACUUGAGAACAUGCAAGCAUUGCAGUUUUUCUAAUACAAACUGCUGUUGGUUUAUAAACUGGAGCUGUAUUGAAGUGAUGAGAAAA